UGUUACUUAUGUAUGUGAAAAUUCGAAACAACGAAUAUAUGGGGCACUUCGAUUUACCCAAUUACAGAAAUAGACCUUAAUAGACCAAACGUAAACAAUGGCAAGAAACGAGGAGAAACAGCUUGGAAGACUAAAUCGUUAUUAUUUAAAGAGACAGCACGAUGAAAUGAAGAGAAAAAAUCCAAAACGACCAAAGCUGGAGGCACUAAAUUCUGUUGAGGAUAUAAAACAUUGGAUACCAAGCCUGAAGAAAGAUAUAGACUUUCACCUAAAGCAGUUGCAAGUUCCCUGCUAUCCAGAGAGAAAGAUUGCUGAAAUAAAUAAGAAGAUAGACUAUCUGAAGAAUGAAUAUCAAGCCUUUACUAAGAAACUAAGAAAACUUGACCCCAGCCUAACAGAUGUACCAUGGACAGAGAGGUCUUACCAGCAAUGUGUAACAGAGGAAAACCUGCGGAAAGAGCCUCUACACAAGAAAAUGGUGGACUCUACAAAAAUUCCUAGUGCUUUUGUUCCUAUUAAGACUCCCAUUCUUGACAAAAACAUUUCUGCAGAACACUCAGAUACUACAGUCACUAAUACUGAUUUUUCCAAUCAUCCGGAUACAAUGGAUGCACCUUUGCAAUUUGUUAAAAAUCAAAGUCAAGUUACAGGCCAUAACAGAUUAAAUCUUGCAAAUUCCAGCUCAGAAAGUGAAGAUGAUGGGAAUAACACAUAAUAAAUUUAUGAAAGUUCAACAAUUUCUUAUUCUUUUUUUUGUUAAUAAUUGUGAAUAUUUGAAAAUUUAUGAUAAAUGAAAAAAAAUAUUGUCAAUUUUUCUAUUUUUGACAUUUUGUUAGUAUCAAGUAUUUUUGUACAAUGCUCAAGACCAAUAUACAAGUACUUAAAUAAGGAAUAAGGAAUCUUUCUUUGAGUAUUAUGAGAUGAUAAUUUUGGUCGGGGCGUGAUCAAAUCCAAUAAAGCCCGAAGGGCUUUAUGAUAGAUUUGAUCACGCACCGACCGAAAUUAUCACCUCAUAAUAUUCAAAGAAUGAUUCCUUAUUACUUAUAUUUAUAUAAUUUUUAGCAAUCGUACGAUUAAAUAUUUAAAUAUAUAUAAGCAAACCCCGCUGGUGAUUCAAUUUGGUGUCAUUUGUAUUAUGGGUUAUAUAGUACAAAAUCGUUACGUAGUGUUAUCACAGGCAAAGACACUGGAAAAUGUAAAUAUAUAAAUAUAUAUAUUCCUACAAAGAAAGCAUCUUGUUGGUUCAGUUCUGUGUUGGCUCACCCAAAAAAGAUCAAACUGAAAAUGCCAAUCUCGUCUUACAAUUUAUUAACUACAAAUGAUAUGCAAGUAAAUAGUUCAUAGAUAAAAUAGCUUGUAACAGUGCAUAGUUCAAGUAACAAAUUUGCAUAAUUGUAAAAUUCUUUGGACAAUUUGCUUGAAAUAUUCAAACAUCUUAUAAAGAGUAAGUUUGAGGUACAUUAACAACAUCAUAAAAUAUCGAAUUAUCUAAAACUAUGACAUAGUAUGACACAACCUUUAGAACUAUCAAGAUGGCCAGUAAACUGGAUCAAAUAUUAUUUUUUUUC